AAGUCAUUUACGGACAGGAAUUGAAAUAAAAAAAACCCAUAUAUCUAAUCAUUCUAGGAGGCUGAGGAGGACCAGAAGUGAAGUGAAGUGAAGUGACAUGACAUGAGGUGCAAUUUAGAGGCAGCAGCAGCAGCAGUGGCGGGCCAGCGAGGAUGUGAGUGGGUUGUGAAGUGACUGAGGUGACUUGUGAAUGAUGACGGCCAGCAGGAAACACGAAGCCCAUUUUCUUUCGCUAGUUAUUUUAGAAAACGUGAAUGCGGUGGUGGAUGCCAUGGAGGAUUUUGCUGUUUCGCCUUGUCUUGUCACUCUCUCCCUGGCCAGUAUGCUGCAAGGUGCUCAAGGAAACACAACAACACUGACACCGGAAAGAGAGGAUAGAACAUCACCACCACCACUAGCGAGGUCUGGCUACCUGGAUCUGUGUUGUGGCGUGAGUCAGGUGUGUGGCGCCAACCUGGUGUGUGUCUCCUGCCUCUGUCGCUGUAAAAAAAACUACAUUUACAAGAUGACCACGAAGACUUGCGAGGCUCAGUUCAAUGCCACCACCUUCACCACCACCACCAACACCGCCACCAAGAACACCAGCACAGGAAGGAAGGGGCUGCUACCGGGACAGCCGUGUGCCUCCGCCUCGGCCUGUGUCGUGGGACUGGUGUGUCAAAAGUCCAGGUGUAAAUGCCCAGACCCGUGCGUGUACGUGGCGGAGCAGGAGGCGUGUGACUGUGGCCCGGUGGAGGUGAGUCUCGUGUGGCCAGUCAUCAUUGGAGUGUCCGUCGGCCUCGUGAUCAUUGCCUUCUGGUUGUCCUGCAUCGCUGCGUCUAUCAAUAAACACAAGGAUGAGCGCAAUAAGGUGAUGCAGCUACAACAACAUCAACAACCAGUGCCAAGAAUAUCAACACUCGGGGCAGCUUACGGCACUGCCCACCUCAAUGUGCCACCGCCCCCAACACCCUCAGCCACCUCCCCAGGGCCGCCCCUCGCUCCCACGCCCACGCACAAGGCUCUCAGGAUCUCCAGGCAGUCUGUAGCACCCACAAUGCCCACGAUGCCUCUCCAGCCUGUCUUCCGGACAGGAAGGCCCAGAAUUUUGAAGGGGAGACCGACCCCUCUUAUAUAUGGAGCGACGCCCCCCGUUCCGCCAGAUUUUAGUGAAUUGUUUCUUUAUGUUUGUUUAUUCAUAUUUUUUGUUCUAAAGAUAUGAAGAAUUGAAAGGAUACAAGGUGAGAAGAUAGAAGAAAGAAAGAAGGAAGGAAGGA